GCAAAAAAAGGCUGUUCUUAGCAGCAGCGGCUCUUGUGUGUCUGCUCUUGUAUGGAAAAGCAGCAGCAGAUAAGAGGUCUGAGCUGGACCCACUUAUAACGGAUCGGAUUGUGGAUCAGACGGACACAAAGAUUCAUUUCAACCCGGAACCAGACUUUCAAUGAAACCGGGACGCCUCUUAGAGGGUUGUGUUGUAUAUUUGUUGCAGUUUUGCAGCUUUUAAGGCGAGUUUGUUGCACUUUGUAACCGGACAAAGACUAUUUGUUUUGACUCUUCAAAGCCCCAGCCUUCCAAACCGAACCGAUCCGGUACCAGCUGAUCCCAGGAAGAUGAUGCGUCUGCCUAAAGGCGUCUCUCCGGCUCCGGCUCGUCCUCCGGUGUCUCUGCAGCCCUGUUCCCACCACAAGAUCAAGAACAUGUCCGGGAACGGAGGCGGAGCGGCGGCCAAGACCGACUUCUUCAGCACCGGACUGUCAAGCCCUCCGAUGAGCUCGGUACCGGCCGGAUACUUCACCCAGAUCUGCAACACGGCCGUGGCGGAACAAAGAGCCCACAGCCUGUACUCAACCCCCCACGGACCCGAGGCUAAACCCAUCAGAUCAUCCUCCGGCAGACUCCCGGCUAAAAGGAAGCUGGAUCUAGAGGACCCUCUGUACCUGCCAGAGUUCCGUACACCAAAGGGCAAAGGCAGCAUCGGAGCCAGGAUACCAAGUCCAAGAACUCCAAAGUCUCCAGGUGAGCGGACACGAUACGACACAUCGUUGGGCCUGUUGACGAAAAAGUUUGUCGGUCUGAUCGCCGAGUCUCCCGAUGGAGUUCUGGAUCUGAACUGGGCCACCGAGGUUCUGGAGGUCCAGAAGAGACGCAUCUAUGACAUCACUAAUGUCCUGGAGGGAGUCCAGCUCAUCCGAAAGAAGUCCAAAAAUAACAUCCAGUGGCUGGUUGGCGAUGUGUUCGAGGGCAGUGCGGGUGGAGGUGAGAAGGCCUGUGCCCUGAGGAAAGAGCUCGGAGACCUGGAGAGAGCAGAGAGGUCCCUGGAUGACCUGAUCCACUCCAGCAGUGCCCAGCUCAAACAGCUCACCGAAUACAAAGACAACCAGAGAUUGGGCUAUGUGACGUACCAAGAUAUCCGCUCCAUCGCCAGCCUCCGGGACCAGACAGUCAUUGCUGUCAAAGCCCCCGCAGAGACCAAGUUGGAGGUUCCAGACACAGCAGGGGGGUCGUUACAGAUCUACCUGAAGAGUAAAAACGGCCCCAUCGAGGUCUAUCUGUGUCCGGAGGAGGGUCUUGAAGAUGCCAGUCCUGUUAAAAGCAUGGUCACCCCUAAAAAGGAGUUCCCUCCACCCCUCGGCCCCCCAGCUGCUCCCACAAUGACACCACAUACCUUCAGCAUCAAGGAGGAGCAGAAUGACAACAGUGUGUCCACAGCCCCCCCCACCGCCUCCUCAGCUGCCACAUCCAGCUCCUCACUCCUGGAUGUGGAAGGUCUGCUGGGUUUACCCCCCAGUCUGCUUCAGAUCACAGAGGACCAACUUCCUGGCACCUCUUUUGUCCCAGAUCCCAACACCCCCUUUGUCAGCUUCUCCCCACCUUUGGACCAUGAUGAUUACCUCUGGAGUUUGGAGGACGGAGAGGGAGUGUCGGAUUUCUUCGACACCUAUGACCUGGGUGAUCUGUUGAAAAGCUGAGGUUUCGAUGAAGGAGAAAUUGGGGGGGGGGGGGGGGGGUAAUUUAAAGAAAUGCCUUCUUGGGAGAAGGAAUCAUUACACUAUGAAGCCAUCACUAUGUUUUUGACAUGCCUGUUUUAAUGCCAGCAAUUCCAAAGGAGGAUUUAACCCCUUUGUUUAUCUGAAAGAAUCAUUUGUAGAUUUUGCAGAAGUCAAACUUUGACAGAGGAGUAGCUCUUUACAGUGAAAAACUGAUUAAAAGCAGGGAUUUUGGGGAUUUUCUGUCACACUUUUUUGGUUUUUGCAACAGUAACAAAAAGUCUUAUUUCAUACAAACCCAGGAAAUAUUAUGUAUAUCAUAUCACAAGCUAAGCAGUGUUUACAGUGUGACAACUCAGGAUCUACUUUCUUUCCAAAGUGUAAGUAUGUGUGCCACUGUUUGGCCCAUAGGGGGCAGCCUUGUAUUAUGCCAGCUUUAACUGCCAUGCAGCUUUACAGGAUACAGUCACUGGAUGAGAGUAAGCUAAAGCCAUCAGGAACAACACACAGGGUAUAUUUUAAGGAAUCUUACCAAAUUAAGCUGUGAAUAACAGGAUUUGAGCCACAUGUGUUUACAUCUUUAAUGCAGCUGUUUCUAAGGUGCUCACAUUUCUUUCGUCUGAUCAGGUUUGCUCUCAUGCCUUAAGCUUUAUGCCAGGUCUCGUGCCUGUUUGGCGAUGCAUUUUGUGCCAAAAUGUGCAGAUUCUGACAACUCAUCACAGACCCAGAGUCAGUUUGAGUUUUUAACUGAUAAUGUGUCGUCACAUACAAUCUCAGACAAGGCAAGAUGACUUCAGUGUCUCUUGUGAGUUUGGCAGCUUUUUUCCAAAUCCACUUGGUUCCUUUGCUGACGUUUGCAUGAUUUUAUUUGGUAAUUUUAUAUGAAUUUCUGGUUGAUUAAUGUAAAUUUGCUGUUGUAUUUCUAAGGAAAUAACAUAAAAGGAUUUAAUGCAGCAUCUUUGUUGCUUCAUUAAUUGAUAUAGUAAGAUUUAUAGAAAUUAAAAGUAAUUUUUUUCUAAUUUUGUUCUGAAAUUAAUGAAGCUUUUUGAUGCAACACAAACAAAAACUGAUUGAUUCUACUGUUCAGUACUUCCAUACAUGUCAAAGGGUGCAUCCCAGAGCCGCUGGUGUUCAUCUGUUAAAUGUUAUUUUUGACGUUGUAGACAUUUGGAAAAUUUGGAUUUCAUGCUGACGUAUUUUGGGCUUUUCCUCUACUCUGCAGAGAUAAGCUACCUGUCCUGUCCUAACAAAACUUGAAAACUGUGUGUUUGUGUGUAUUUGACAGUUUGUGGGAAUUGGGUGCUGAGUUUGUGUUUUUUACAGCGUAGUUUAGACGAUGUGAAUUCAGAGUUUGUAGUUUUUUUUUUUAAUGAGCAUUAUUUUUCUGGUAUUGUACAUAAAUUGACUUGUAUUUAUACCUAUUGUUCUGAAUGUUUUGGAAGUUGAUGCUUGCCUUUGUACAGAUUCAUACCUGUUUUUGUAUGACAUGCAGCACUUAAUAUUUUUGUAAUAUUGUGUGGUCUGUUUGAAAUGAUUAAAUAAAUACAGAAGCCAUUGUUAA